UGCUGAGAAGACACGGGCAUUCCCUCUGUACUCAGACUUAGGAUGGAUUGAUCUCUAUUUGACGGAGAACAAGACAUUACAGGUUAUCAAGAAACUAUCACCAUUCAAAAAAUGAAUAGCUCAACUAUAACUCCGAAUGUCACUGAAGCUGAUGGUUCCUAUCGAGCAAAUACACAACUGUCUUUCACUGCAGCUACUGGCAUUGCUAUUGUCUUCAGUGUCAUCGGCUUGAUUGGAAAUUUUAUUGUUUUUUGGUAUCUUUGCUUCAGGAUCAAGAAGAGCAAGUAUACCAUUUACAUUAUCAACCUGUCAGUGGCUGACUUCAUCUUUCUGCUUUUCAACAUAGUUGCGCUAAUAUUGUUCAUUCAUACACUAACAAGUACAAAUCCACAGACGGAAUGGAAAGCUUCCCUUUUAAUAUUUUUGGAAAUAUUUUCUAAAAGCGGACAAUAUUCAGGAAUGUAUAUCCUCACAGCCCUCAGUCUGGAAAGAUGCCUUUCUGUCCUAUUCCCCAUUUGGUACCAUUGUCAGCGACCUAAUAACUUGUCCAUUAUCAUCUGUGUUUCAGUUUGGAUUCUUGGAUGCACAGAGAGUCUCAUAGAUAACUUGGGGUGCCCAGCAGAAGCUUUUUAUAAACCGAAUACAGGGUGCACGGCAGUUCAGAUCAUUGUUUUUGGUUUGGCCAUUGUUAUCUGCUUACCAAUUAUGUUGAUUUCAAGUUUCAUCUUGCUCUUCAAGAUAAAGAGGACCUUUGACGACCAAUAUCCACAAAAGUUCUACAUUAUCAUUAUUGUUGCAGUUUGUGUAUUUAUUAUUUCUGUUAUCCCAAUCAAUUUUGUCUGGUUUUUCAUGUAUUUCAAAGUGCUAAAAUCAGAUUUUGCAACAGUUGGAUUUUUUUUUGGUAGUAUGUAUUGUCUUGUCUUAAAUUGCACCAUUGACCCUUAUAUUUACUUCAUUAUUGGGAAUAAAUGGAAGAAGAAAUCUAGUCACUCUAUCAAAGAUGCCCUUGAACGAGCCUUCAGAACAGAAGAUGAUGAAAAUGAUGACUCAAACAGUAAUAAAACAAGCAACAUAUCAAACCAAAGCAAUCUUGCAAGUCCAUUUUAGGAUUUGCGCUGCACUGCAAUAACAACCUAAGGCAGGGACUGGAACAAUCAAGGAUUCUGCUAAAUGAAAAUGAUCCUAACCAUGAGAUGCAUCUGGUAUUGCAGUUCAGUCGCAUUCAAGUGAAAAGAGUGGCACU